AUGGCAGUCGAGGGUACCGACACAUUCACGAGACAACGGGCAGCGAAGCCAAAAGUGCGCACUGGCUGCAUCACCUGCAAGUGCUCGCGCACGAAGCGGGUAUGCGGGGGCUACCGAAGUGUCCCGCUUAAACCACCAAUCCCACGUUUGUUGGCAGUGGCCCCCGGAGUCGACUCAACGACCCAGCAUGCCUUGGAAGUAUUCUUUCUCUGCACGGCUCCCGCCCUAGCUGGCUAUUUUGAACAUGCCUUCUUUCAAGGCAGUGUUUUACAAUUUAGCCUUGGUGAACCUGCUAUCCUCCAAGCAAUCGCUGCUCUCGGUAGUCUCCACGAACAGGCCGCCGCGUCUGAUAUUCAAGAUCUGCACCGGAAGCCCCUUCUACCCGAGCUCCCGCUUAAGCUCUACAACAGGGCCAUUCGAGUCAUGGUAGAGAAAAUCACCGCAGACCAUAAUAAUCUUCCUUUCAUUGCCAUGGUCAACAUCCUCUUUAUCUGCUUCGAAUAUUUCCAGAGCAAUCUACAAGCGGCCGCCUCUCAUAUAAGAGGGGGCAUUGAUAUUUUGAAUAACUGGCGUGCAAAAAACAUAAUUAAUCGCGGGAAACAUGGUCGCUACAGAUAUGUUUCGUCGGAGGCCGAAUUCAUGGAAACCGAGGUUGCACCGCUUCUUUGCACCUUCAAUAUCAAUGCUGUUCAGUGGGGGGUAGGGGUGCAGGCAAGUGUGGUCCCUGAUCCGCCCACUGAUCCCAGUGGCAGUGACAUCUCCAUGCCCCAUCGAUUCGAAACUCUCAAAGCAGCAAGAGCUGCACUGCUCAAACUAGUCAUAUCUGCAACAUGGGAGUUCGAGCCAUCCGAAACAGAGCUCGCUAAUACCGAUUUCCCGGUCAUCUGCGCGAGAAUAAUGACUAGUCUGGGUCGAUGGAAAGUCAGCUUCGAAGACUUGGUCAACCGACAGUCGCAUCUAUGGGACAAUCGAAAGAAGCGAACAGCAGACGCCAUUUCCGUCAUGCAUGCGAAUGCCAAACUUGGUGUCUAUUCAUACCAAGCGCAAAGCCACUGCGACUGGGACAAAUACCGAGAGCAGUACGAAGAAACAGCCGCGCUGAUCAAUAAGCUUAUCGCCGAUACUAAUCACUUCCCCAACGAUUUGUCGAGGGCUUUCAGUCUGGAUUUUCGGAUGAUGUUUCCUCUCCAUCCGGUGGCUUGGAGGUGUCGCUGGCCACAUCUUCAUCGAGUAGGCCUGGACCUACGGGCUCGUUUGCCGAGUCUCAACUCGCUUCCUGCGGCUAAGAAGUAUCAUACAGUCUCUGCUCGUAUCAUGGAGAUCGAGGAGGCUUACCAAAACACGUCUGCGGCGAAGUCGAUUUCCCCUGAGAUAUUGAACAUCCAGGAUUAUAGUGUUGUCAUAUCCCAGGGAGAGCAGGGGCAGCCUCCGGUUUUUGACGUGACAUUCUGGAACAAACCGGAUGGCUUGGAUGGACCUUGGUAUUCCUUCACGGAAAGUAUUCAACUAGGGUCCAGUAGGACUGAGAGUCGAGACUGCGAAAAUGUAUCGGAGAGGUUGGACACAGCAAGCAGCACAUGCGAGGGAGGCUCGAAACCUUUACCGUCACAUCUCAAAGGUGCAGCGAUGUAUUCGGGAAAACCAAUUUUUGGCCCGAUCAAAGAAGAAACACCUGGUCUGUACUAG